AUGUGGAGGCGGCAAGGACCUCCCAGGAGCCAGGAGGGGGAGCUCUCGGGCACCUGCGCGGACCCAGGGCGGCUGCGCGGACCCCGACGAGCAGAGCGGAGCCAUGGCUGCCGCUGCGGGCUGCACCGGCCCGGGUUCGGCGGCAGCGCAGCGACCGGCGCCGCCCCGUGGUCAGCGGCAGACGGGUGCCGGCUUCCCGCCCUUCCGCCUGCCCUCAGCGACCGGGCGGCGAUGGAUGGCGGCGGCGCUGGCAGCGACCCCCGCCCGGCACCCGCCGGGCGCUUCCCGCUGGCGGCGGUGGAUGAGAUCCUGAAGGAUGUGCUGGGGAGCUACCUGGAGGAGCAGCCCUACGAGCCAGCCCGGUGCAGGGAGCUGGCGGAGGCCAUCGCUGAGGUUAUUAAAGCUCGUGUAAAAGAGCUUGUGACCCCCAGGUACAAGAUUGUUGUGGUGACAACCAUUGGGCAGCUGAAUGAGCAGAGCAUGCAGAUUGGCAGCAGGUGCCUGUGGGAUCCUGCAAGCGAUACCUUCUCGUCGUAUGUGUUCAAGAGCCCUUCACUCUUUGCUCUUGCAAAUGUCUAUGCUGUCUAUUUUGAAUAAGAGGUAGUUAGAGAAUUGUAGAAUUGUUUCAGUUGGAAAAGACCUCUAAGAUCAUCGAGUUCCAAGUGUUAACCUAACACCACCAAGGCCAUUAAACCAUGUCUCAAAUUUCCAUGUUGAGUCUCUAACAGCAGGAGAAAUGAAUGUUCAGCCUAACUCUUCCUGUUUCUGGCGUUGAAAAUAGUUGUGAAGAGCCAGGGCAGCUUUCACUUGGUCUGAAAUGUGAUUGUGCCUUGGUUUGGCUGGGAUAGAAUUAUAAAGCAGCCCUGAUCUGCAUGUCAUUAGCAGCUUCCAGAAGGUCAUGACCUUAAGCUGGGAGGGGCAGGAGUCAGGGCAGGUGCCCUGAGCUGGCUACAGGUGUGUCUCCCACCGUAAAUGUCACAGUCAGCACAAAGGAGAAGUUCCUUGAGGAUAUGGGUUUCUCUAGCUCCUCCUCCUCUCAAGGGUCACCAGCCCUGGAGGGACGUGAUGAUCAUCCUGCUCCUGAGGUUGCUGACGACCAUGUUCACUGGGCUGAGUAUCACUUUGUGUGCUUUAUAUUGGCAUUAACAUUAGCUUGGUUGUUGCAUUAAAUCUCUCAUUUCA